ACCCACCAAGUAGGCUACGCCAAACAGAGUUUAACUAUUGAAGUCCUUUCACCUUUGUUAAAAUCCAAGGAACGAACCGAACCGGACCAAAGUCUCGCUCUGUCUCCCUUCUAUAAAAUCCGAUCCUCUUUUAACAGAACUUUUCGCCAAUUUGUUCUGCGGAACUCAGAAUUAGAAUUAUGAGUUCUUCGAAACCUUAUUUUCUGUUAAAAAAACAUUCUUUGUUUGCAUCAGAACUAACAUUUCACUGUCUUUUUUGUCUUUCCCCAACUGUUUCCCUCUCUUUUCUUUAACUUUCUUCUUAAUCCAAACACGUCCUUAGUUGUAUCUAAUCAGACCCCGGGGCUCUCUUUCUCAAUUUCGCCCAUGUCAAACCCACCAAGGUCUUUUUUUUCGUUGGAUUUCGCUAAAUUUUCUCCACUCUUUACUCGAAAACAUCAUCUGGGUUCUUAAUUGUCUAAAAUCUCCACUUGAGGUUAUCUUUUUCUUGAUCCAAGCAAAAACCGUGAAAGCUCAAAUUCUCAUGGUUUAAUUCUGAUAAAGCAGAGAAGAUUUUUACAUGGGUGUUUCUUUUAAGGUUUCAAAAACCGGUACUAGGUUCAAGCCGAAGCCUUGUCUUCAAUCAGAGGCUUCAGUUGAUGCUGUCCCUGAGAAUUCUAAAGAGAGCUCACGGCCUAGAAAGCUUCAGGCAAAUUCUGAUGAUGUCAUUGAAGGUGUUGAGCGUGUUCCUGGGGUGUCUCAGCCAAUUGUUUCUGAUGCAGAGCUUCAUGUUCCUGCAGACCAUGAGAUUUCCUUCACCUUGAAUCUUUAUCCAGAUGGAUAUUCUAUUGGAAAACCGCCAGAGAAGGAGGCUUUGGAUCAGGCUACUAUUCAGGAUGCUCCAAAGUUGCAUCCAUAUGAUAGGUCAUCUGAAACUCUUUUCUCAGCAAUUGAAUCUGGCCGAUUGCCAGGAGAUAUUUUGGAUGAUAUACCGUGCAAAUAUGUUGAUGGGACACUCUUCUGUGAGGUGCGAGAUUAUCGAAAAGUUGCACCUCAACAAGGAUCUACCGUCCCAUCUUUGGGUGGAUCCCCCAUCAUCAAUAAAGUGUGUCUUAGGAUGUCUUUGGAGAAUGUAGUGAAGGAUAUUCCAUUGAGCUCAGAUAAUUCGUGGACUUAUGGUGAUUUAAUGGAAGCAGAGUCUCGGAUAUUGAAAGCCUUGCAACCACAACUUUGUUUAGAUCCGACUCCCAAACUGAACAGGCUCUGUACUAAUCCUGUUCCAACAAAGCUCAACCUUGCUUCUUGUAGCUUGCGGAGAAAGAGAUUGAGGCAGGCUCCAGAAGUUAAUGUAGCCUCCACUAGUAAGGUCCAUGGCAAGAAGGUUUUCAUAGAUAGAGUGCCAGAAAGCUCUAACAGCAGGUUGGGAGAGGCAGGAAUUAUUUCAGGGAGUAUGAUGCCGCAACAAGUUCAGGAAAAUCUGACUUCUCAAGGUAUUAGUCCAAGCAAUAUGUUAGCAUUAAGACCUAAAAGUUUUGUGCAAGAAGCACUACCCAUGACAUCCCAGUCACCAAGGUAUCAAAUGGGAGUUGUGAAUGGAAGAAGCAUGCAGGACCAUGGGUCUGGUUCUGUUGUCAGUGCAUCUGCUGCAUCCCCUGCUGGGCAGGAAAUGACAAUAGCGUAUGCUGACAGCAUAAACUCCAGUGCUUCACUUCUUGGGAAACGGGAGAAUCCCGAUGGUCCAAUGUCACCCUUAUCUGGCCUUAAUAAAAGAAAUAGGCUUAAUGCUGUUGGACCAGAUGGGAUUCCACAGCAACAAAUUGGGCCACAUAUGGAUGGCCUCCAUGGACCAGAUAUGAGCUGGAAGAAUAUGUUACUGCCCCAGCAAGCACUGGCAAGAGGAAUUCAAUAUGCAAAUGCAGGCAUGCAGAAGUAUCCACAGCAGGUUUUUGAAGGGGUUCUGAAACAGGAGUCUGGUGCAAUGCCAUUUGCUGCAAGACAGCCAGCAUUGAGAUUCAGUGCCAAGGAAGAGCCAUUUGAUCCGGACAAGUUGGAUAGUUCUGAGCUCAAUCGGGAAACUGAUAUAAACCAUUUGGACCCACAGCAGACACGGCUUCAACCAAGAUUACCCCAUGGAUUUGUGAAACCUGGUUUACCUCAAACACCUUGGAACAAUAUUAAUCAGCAUGUUGAGAAAGAUGCAAGAAAGGAGGAACAUUUCCCAAAAAGGAAAUCGGUGCAAAGUCCACGUGUGUCAGGUGGGGCUUUGCCUCAAUCUCCAUUAUCAUCAAAAUCUGGGGACUUUUCAAGUUGUUCUGUAGGACCUCACUUUGGGGCGGUUGCAACAACCACUGCGCAUGGAGCAUCUCUAAAGGAGAAGGCAGCUGUUAACUCAGUUCCUGCUGUUGGUGGUACCCCAUCUUUGACUUCAAGUGCAAAUGACUCUAUGCAACGACAACACCACACUCAAGUUGCUGCUAAGAGAAGAUCAAAUUCCCUUCCCAAGACCCCAGCAAUAAAUGCAGUUGGAUCUCCUGCAAGUGUUAGCAAUAUCAGUGUUCCACUAAAUGCAAGCAGUCCUUCUGUUGGAACCCCACCUUUGGCUGAUCAAACAAUGCUUGAAAGGUUCUCAAAGAUUGAAACGGUGACUAUGAGGUAUCAACCCAACAGCAAAAAGAACAAGGUUGAUGAGUAUCACAUCCGGAAACCCAGCACAUAUUCUCCUCAACUAUUAUCUGCCUGUCUAACUAGUCUUUCCAGUAAUGAGGAUUUUAAAGACGAUUCAAAUUCACUAUCAAAGUCACUUUUCGGUGGAAAGAUGAAUACCUACAAGACAAGAAUCUUAAAUUUUGUGCAGGGUGAACAUGUUCAAGGGAAUGCUGUUUCUCUAGUUCCUAGGGCACGAACUAGAAUGAUAUUGUCUGAGAAACCAACUGAUGGGACCGUAGCAAUGUUUUAUGGAGACAUAGAUGACGGUGACAUUCUCGGUGCAGAGGAUCAUAUUUCUUGUCUUCCUACUCUUCCAAAUGCUCACUUAGCGGACUUGCUUGCAGAGCAGUUCUGUUCACUGAUGCUGCGUGAAGGAUAUCACCUUGUGGAAGAUAAUAUCCAGGCAAAACCUACUCGUGUGCUUAUGGCCUCAAGCAGUCAACCAAAUUCUGCUGUAACCUUUCCCAACAAUUCUGCAGUCGAUAUGCAGCUUACGAUGCAGCAAUAUGCUGAAGCUGUUCCGGGUCAGGCAACCAAUGAAAUGGCAAAGCCAAAUAUCAGUAAUAAUAUAUCUGUAAAUCCGUCUCCAAGUGUGCUAGGAAACACUAGGAUUGUGCCUCCAGGAAACUCUCAGGCCUUACAGAUGUCUCAAGGACUCCUAUCUGGCAUUUCAAUGCCUGCAAGGCCACCGCAAUUAGAUCCACAACCACCACUUCUGAUGCAGCCGCAGGCAGCACAAGCACCACAGCAGCAACAACCACAACAGCAGCAGCAGCAGCAGCAGCAAAGUCAACAACAUGCCUUGCUUCAACAACAUCAGCAAUUCCAGAGAUCACCUAUGAUGCUUGCAUCAAAUCCUCUCUCACACUUGAAUGCGAUUGGGCAGAAUUCAAACAUGCAGUUGGGUAAUCAAAUGGUCAACAAACCUUCCCCUCUCCAACUUCAGAUGAUACAGCAGCAGCAACAACAACAGCAGCCACAGCAGCAGGCACAAAUGCAGAGGAAAAUGAUGGGACUAGGAACAGCUGUAGGUAUGGGAAACAUGGUCAGGCUUGGGGGCCUGGGCAAUGCCAUGGGAAUUGGAGGUGCAAGGGGAAUUGGUGGAACAGGAAUCUCAAUGACACCUAUUUCUGGCAUGGGUAAUAUGAGCCCAGCUUCAAAUAUUCCCAAUGCAAUAAGCCAGUUUCGACCUGGAUCACUAACAGCAGCUCAGCAAGCUGCUUUAAUUGCAAAAUUAAGGAUGGGCCGAGCAAACAUGCUAGUCAGUACUCAAUCAAGCGUGCCUGGGAUGUCUGGAACCAGGCAGAUGCAUCCAGGUUCUGCUAGUCUUUCUAUGCUGGGCCAGGGUCUGAACCAGGCUAACAUGAACCCGAUGCAGCGGACUGCUGUGGGGCCCAUGGGUCCUCCAAAAAUGAUGCCUGGGAUGAACCAGCUUUACAUGAACCAGCAGCUGCAGCAGCAGCAAUUGCAGCAGCAACAACAGCAACAACAGCAACAGUUACAGCAGUUGCCACAUCAGCAAGUGCAGCAGCAGCAAGAAACAACCUCACCACUGCAGGCUGUCGUUUCACCUUCACAGUUAGGCUCUCCAUCAACCAUCGGAAUUCCACAAUUGAACCAGCAACCUCAGCAACAGCAGGGCCAGCAACAGACCAGCCCACAACAAAUGAAUCAAAGGACUCCCAUGAGUCCACAGCUGAGCUCAGGUGCUAUACAUGCACUAAGUGCCGGUAACCCAGAGGCUUGUCCAGCUAGCCCCCAAUUGAGCUCCCAGACCCUUGGCUCAGUUAGUAGCAUCACAAAUUCUCCUAUGGAGCUGGGUGUGAACAAAAGCAACUCUGUUGGCAACACAUAGCAUGUUCGCAGCACUCUUUUUCUUAAACUAAUACUUAAGCCGCCUUGGUGCCUAGCAAUCCCUUUCCUGGAAGAACCUGUAAAGUUAAUUUUGCAGACAGAUCAGCUUUUGAUCAAAACUCAAAAGGGAAUGAGGUACUCUUUGAUAAGUGCGAAAGCUAAUACUUAAGCCGCCUUGGUGCCAAGCUACCCAGAGACAAGUUGCAAUGGGGCCAGCUUCCCCCUCUGAAAUCUUGUUUUUCUUUUGCGAGUAAAAUCUUAAAAAUUUAACGUUGAUGUGUAGUAACUAAGAAAUAUUUUUAGCACCCGAGUAUUUGACUAAUUAUAUGUACUUUUUUUCUCUCUAUUUAUAGAGAUAAGUUUUAUUUCCCUCUUCUCAAAAUAACAAUAGUUUCAUAUUACACUAGUGUUG